AUGCCGUCCAGACCACAGAAGCGAAACAAGAACGACGCAAAGGCAAAGGCGGCAGAGGAGCCGAAACCUGUCGCCGCCCUCCCGCAGAGCCGCGUCUUCGCCCCCUUCCGUGCCCUCGGCUACGUCUCCGACCAUGUCCCCUUCUCCAUGUUCGUCCACACCCCCAAGGGUGCCCUCGCCAAGCCCACGAUCCACAUUGUUACGAGCGUCGGACGGAGCUGGCUUAUGUGGGACGCGGAGCGCAUGACUCUGCUUUUUGCUGGACCUGAUGCUGGUACGACGAUCACGAGUCUGGCGCAGACGGGAACAGAAGUGUUCGCUGCCGCUGGCCCGAGAGUCAUCAAGUAUUACCGUGGCAAGGAGGCUGAGACUUAUACAACGCCGGACGGGUCGACACUCGGCAAGAUCAUGAUCUUUGGCGAGCAGCUGACCGCGCUGAAAUACGACGGAACGGGCAUGUUCGUGUGGAACGUCUCGAGCGCCGAACUCGACAACGAGAUCACAUUCCAUUCGUCCUUCACGGCGACCGAGAUCAUGCACCCGGCGACGUAUCUGAACAAGAUCCUCGUCGGCAGCCGGGAAGGCGAGCUGCAGCUGUGGAACAUCCGGACCAACUCGCUCAUCCAUACGUUCCCCGCUUACAACCCCCCGUCAGCGGUGACGGUGAUGGUGCAGUCUCCGGCCGUCGACGUCGUCGGCAUCGGAUACCUCGACGGCAGCAUCCGCAUCAUCGACAUCCGCGAGUGCGAGCUCGUGAUGCAGAUGCGGAUGGACCAGGGGUCGUCGAUCACGGGGCUGUCGUUCCGGAUGGACGGGCCGCCGAUCUUGGCCUCGGCGUCGUCGGCGGGCGCUUUCGCCGUGUGGGACCUCAGCAAGGGCGGCCGAAUCCUGCACACGCAGCGCAUGGCGCACGAGCAGGGCGUCAGUGGUCUGGAGUGGGUGCAGGGCCAACCCCUGCUUGUCACGUCGAGCGGGGACAACAGCGUGAAGCAGUGGCUCUUUGACGCCCCGACGUCAGCCCCGCGGCUGCUCAAGCUGAGGACGGGCCACCACGCGCCCCCCACAAACAUCCGGUACUACGGCGCAGACGGCAAGGCGAUCCUGACGGCUGGCCGCGACCGGUCGCUGCGGUACACGAGUGUGGUUCGCGACUCGCGGUCGCACGAGCUCUCGCAGGGUUCCCUUAUGAAGAAGGCGAUUGGACAGGGCGUCUCGGUCGACACGCUGAAGCACGCGCCGAUCAUUGCGCUGAGCAGCUCGGCUACGCGCGCAAAGGACUGGGACGACGUGCUGACGGCGCACGCCGACGACACGGUCGCGCGCACAUGGCGUGUGUGGGAGAAGCGGAUGGGGGAGCACGAGUUUGGCCUCGAGGACGGCGGCGACGUGCAGGCCGUGUGCGUCACGAGCUGUGGCAACUUUGGUCUCGCCGGCUCCUCGACGGGCGAGAUCAGGAUGUGGAACAUGCAGUCCGGAAAGGAGCGGAAGCGUUAUGCCCUCACGGGCCCAGCGUUGGGAGACAGCAAGCCCGCCAUCAUCGCGGCCUCCAAGCCGAAGAAGAGCAAGACCAAGCCCGAGGCCAAGAAGAGCAUUCAGGCCAUCACGGGUCUAGCCGUCGACGCGCUCAACUCGACCGUCGUGGCUAGCACGCUCGAGGGAAAGCUGUACUUCUUCGACUUCCACAGCACGCAGCGCGUCGCCGAGCUCGAGCUCGACUCGAGCAUCACGCGUCUUGAUCUGCAGCGAGACAGCGGGCUGAUUGCGGCUGUAUGUGAUGACCUCGUCGUGCGUCUCGUCGACAUUGAGACGAGGCGCGUCGUCCGUGAACUUCGAGGCUUCAAGGGCGGUAUCCUCGACACGGCGUUCAGUCCCGACUCCCGAUGGCUGAUCAGCACCUCGCUCGACUCGACGAUCCGCACGUUCGACAUUCCGACCGGACGGCUCGUCGAUGCGUUCCGCGUCCCCUCUGUCGCUACCAGCGUCACGUUCUCCCCGACAGGCGACUUCCUCGCGACCGCUCACGUCGACUCGCUCGGCGUGCACCUGUGGGCGAACCGGGCCCAGUUUAGCGAUGUCGCCCUCCGCCACAUCCCCGAGGAGGAGGAUGUGCCGGAGCUCUCGCUCCCGAGCGUGCAGGGGGUGGACGACAGUACGCUCUCUGGCCUCGAGGUCGGAGCGCCGGAGUACACGGACAUCUACACGACGCCGGACCAGCUGUCCGAGGGGCUGCUGACGCUCUCGCUCCUGCCCCGGUCGCGAUGGCAGACGCUGCUCAACCUCGAGACGAUCAAGGCGCGCAACAAGCCAAAGGAGCCGCCCAAGGCGCCCGAGGCUGCGCCCUUCUUCCUUCCCACUGUGGCCGGGCUGGAGACGCGCUUCGACGUCGACGCCGCGCGACCCAAGGACGAGGACGGCGAGGCGUUCGGAGCCCGCCUCGCGCCCAGCAGCUUCAUGGAGAGCGAGUUCACCCGCCGCCUGUGCAAGGAGGACGAGGACGGCGACUACGCCGCCUUCUUCGAGUACCUCAAGGCCCUCAGUCCCAGUGCCGUCGAUCUCGAAAUUCGCUCGCUUGUUUCGCUUGAGCACCUCGCCGCGUUCCUCUCCGCCCUCCUUGGUCGACUCCGGAGUCACCGCGACUUUGAGGCUGUUCAGGCGUUCUUGUCUGUGUUCCUCAAUGUGCACGGGGACGUGCUCAUUGCCAACUCCGAGCUUAGGGGGCUCCUCGAGCGCCUCGAGAAGGAGCAGAAGCGCGAGGCGAACCGUCUUCAGGAGCUCAUCUCGUACUCGCUCGGCACGCUUGCCUUCCUCCGCUCGUAG